AUGGCGUCAGAAAUGCGCGGCCGCGGUGGUGGUGGUGGUGGCGGUGUUGGUUUUGAUCCCAGCAAUCUGCAUUUGAAGAAGGAGUUAACUCAAAUCAAGAAGGCGGCCAGAGUGUUGAGAGAUCCAGGGACUACAUCAUCAUGGAGGUCCCCACUCAACUCAGCAAGAUCCGCGGCAGCUAAGCAUUAUUAUCAUCAUCACCAGGAUGAUUUCAGCAAGCAACCAAUCGGCCGCAGGGAGUACAAUCAUGGUGAGAAUCAUUCUCAACUCCCAUUUGGAUUGGUUGAUAAUAAUGUAAGUAGUAGUAGUAAGGUUAAUGACUUUGAUACUAAUGGCAAUGCUAAAGAGAAAGGGAAGAAAGUGUACUUGUAUAAUUGGAAAAUGCAAAGGUCAGAAAGUGAAUUGAGUAGGCAAUGUGGUGAUGAUGAACUUGAAAAUGGUGAAAAUGAUGAUGUAGAACAGUCUUCUUCAAGUAGAGAAGUAGAGGAGAGUGUGGGGGAUAGUUUGAGUGACACUAGGAAUGGUGGUAUUGAUUCCAAGAGUGAUACAUUUUUAAGCGAGAAGUAUGCUUCCAUGAUUUUCAAGUGUAAAGAUGCUAACUUUAAGCCAUCUAUCAGGCGGAAUAUUAAGAAGAAGCCCAAGAAAAAUAGUCACUCUAAUUCGGUUCUUAGGAAAAGUAGUGAAAAUGUGAAAGAACAAGUAAUGUUGGCAAGGGGUGGAAAGAGGGCUUUGGAUGGUCUUGGCAGGAAUGGCAUGUCGAAUUUGGUCUAUCAGUCUGAUGAUACAACAGAUUACUGUAAUUCAGAGGAUUUAAGGAGGGGUUCUGCUGUUUCGCCUCUGCUGACGAAGCUGAAGAAUAAGAAUUGGACUAGUUCAUCUGUUCAGCUUUUAAGAAACAGCCGAAAAGAGGAUUCAUACUACACCCAGAGUACCCCAGCUAUGUCUACUAGCUCUUAUAAUAGGUAUGUUGCUAGAUAUCCAAGUACAGUUGGGUCUUGGGAUGCUACUACAGUAUCCUUGAAUGAUGGGGACGACGAUAUGGAUGAUCAGUUGGAUUUACCUGGUCGCCAAGGAUGUGGGAUCCCGUGUUAUUGGUCUAGGAGGUCGACACCGAAGUACAAAGGUGGAUCUAGUAGCUGUUUCUCACCUUCUCUUUCAGAUACUUUGAGGCGGACAGGAAGCUCUAUUUUGUGUGGAAGCCACAGAAUGUACAAGAGAAGCCGCCGUGGGUCAUCGCUUGGGUAUAACAAGAGGAAACUUAGUUCAAGGGCCGCUGCUCAAGGGCUUAUUCCGUUGUUAAAGAAUAGGGGUGAUGGCCGGAUAGGGUCGUCCAUUGGAACUGGCAAUAGUGAUGAUGAGCUUUCAACAAACUAUGGGGAGCUCGAUUUGGAGGCCUUGAGUCGGCUAGAUGGAAAGCGGUGGUCUACAAGUUGCAGGAGCCAAGAUGGAUUAGAAUUUGCUCCCAUGCCAGGAGAAGAAGAAGGAUCCCCAGAUAACCUAAGAAGUCUAAGCCAUAAAUACAGGCCAAUGUUUUUCGAAGAAUUGAUUGGUCAGAAUAUUGUGGUUCAGUCCCUCAUGAAUGCAAUUUCAAAAAAAAGAAUUGCACCCAUUUAUCUUUUUCAAGGUCCUCGGGGAACUGGGAAGACUUCAACUGCUAGAGUGCUUGCAGCAGCUUUGAAUUGCCUUGCCUCUGAUGAAACCAGACCUUGUGGAGUUUGCAGAGAAUGUAAUGAAUUUGUUUCUGGAAAUAGCAAGGAUACCAUAGAAGUUGAUGGUGCUAAUAAGAAAGGUAUUGAUAGCAUAAGGUACCUUUUGAAAGGCCUUUUGGCGGGUUCCUUAUCUGUCUCUUCGAGCUACAAGGUGUUUGUCAUUAAUGAGUGCCAUUUGUUGCCUAAAAAGACAUGGUUGGCAUUGCUUAAGUUCCUUGAAGAGCCACCUCAAAAUGUUGUUCUUAUCCUGAUAACAACUGAUCUUGAUAACGUGCCACGUACGGUUUUGUCGCGGUGCCAGAAAUACAUGUUCAACAAGAUUAGGGAUGUUGACAUCUUGGCGAGAUUGACAAAGAUUGCUGAUGAGGAAAAUUUAGAUGUUGAAUCUGAUGCUCUAGAUUUGAUCGCAAUGAAUGCAGAUGGUUCGCUUCGUGAUGCAGAAACGAUGCUAGACCAAUUGAGUUUAUUGGGGAAAAGGAUAACUACUUCUCUAGUAAAUGAGCUUGUUGGGGUUAUCUCUGAUGAGAAAUUAUUGGAACUUUUGGAGCUAGCAAUGUCAUCUGACACUGCAGAAACUGUGAGGAGAGCUAGAGAAUUGAUGGAUUCUGGAGUUGAUCCAAUAGUUUUAAUGUCCCAAAUGGCCACUAUAAUAAUGGAUAUCAUUGCUGGAACUUAUCCCUUUGCUGAUGCUAGAUAUAACAGUUCGUUCUUCAAUGGGAGAAGCUUGACUGAAGCGGAGCUAGGUAGAUUGAAGCGUGCCUUGAAACUUCUUUCUGAAGCUGAAAAACAAUUAAGGGUUACAAGUGAACGGUCAACAUGGUUUACGGCGACAUUGUUACAGCUUGGAUCUAUGUCCUCACCUGAUCGAACACAUUCUGGAAGCAGUAGAAGACAGAGCUCCAGGGCUACAGAAGAUGAUCCUUCCAGUACAUUGAGAGAUAGUGCUGAAAAUCAUAAGCUUUCUGCCCAGUUUGCACUUCGGAUGUCGGGCUCCCCCACAUCUUUCAGAAAGGCUGCAAACCGAAAAUCAAACAGUAAAGAAGUUUCAUCUUCUUUGACUAAUGUUGGCUCUGGGCCAAGUCCUGGUCAGCACCGAAUUACAAAAGAAGAUGUUUCAUCCGAUGAUGCUCUUUCAGGGAAGAGCACAUCUCGGCGCAUGGCAUCUGACGUAUUGGAUGAUAUCUGGUUAAAGUGCGUUGAAAAGUGCCAUUCUAAGACUCUCAGACAACUGCUUCUUGAUUAUGGGAAGCUUGUUUCCAUAUCUGAAGCGGAAGGCUAUUUUGUUGGUUACAUUGCAUUUGGUGAUAGUGAUAUAAAAACCAGAGCAGAAAGGUUUCACAGCAGCAUCACGAACUCCUUUGAAACUGUUUUGAGGAGCAUUGUGGAGGUUAGGAUUAUUCUUUUGCCCGAUGGUGAUGUCCCUGCAAGCAAAGUAAACCCAGAUACUGAAAAGCCGGUGAACGCAACAAAUUUGUUGAAAAUGGAAGACACAGAAAUUUUAUCCAAUGCAACAGGUGAUCACUCUAAUCUCGAUGCAUAUCAGGAGUCCAUAAAAAUAUCAAGAGGAAGCUUCAAUGAUUCGGACGACAAGUUGGCUGGAAAUUAUGAGCCUUCUGCUGCAAAUGGUAAGCAGAGUUCUGCUAGAGAAGGAAAGCCAGAAGUUCCGGUGCAUAGGAUAGAGUCCAUUAUCCGUGAGCAAAGGUUAGAAACUGCCUGGUUACAGGCUAUGGAAAAAGGAACUCCUGGAUCAACAAGUCGUGUGAGGCCUGAGAAAAAUCAAGUCCUACCACAAGAAGGAAUUUAUCAACAUGUUCAAUUGGACUCUACAAAUUCAGCUAAUGUGUCUUCUAAGGAGUGGGAAGAUGAAUUAAGCCGAGACAUAAAGAACUUGAAGAUUGAUGAUGGAAAGACUCUCAAAAAGGAUCAGAUUAGUAAAAGGGUUGAUCGGUUUCCCAUGUCCCCUAGCUUGUUGCAUGACAACUUGGCUGGCAAUUACAGCAAAGAGAACUUGGGCUAUGAAUCUGGACCAGCUGGUGGUUGCAGCGGGCUCUUUUGUUGGAAUAGCACCAAACCCCAAAGAAGGGCUAAGCUUCAACAAGGAACUCCUGUGCGUUCAAGAAAGGGUCCAGGCAAUUUUUAUGGAACAAUAAAAAAUGGUGAAAAGAGGUUAGAUGAAUAUUUCUCAUACUUGGAUGUUCUUUCCAAUCCAUCAAAGCUAUUAUCUUAUGCGAUUUUCUUUGCUGGGAUUGUUAAGAUUAACAGGAAAAAUGUCAAACCCAUUAUCAAACAGUUCAAUAUGAAGAUUUCUGCUCCUAAAAAUAAAAUAAAAAUUGUCUUUGUUGCAAGUAUGAAGCCUAAACCCAAAGGGGCAAAGGGUUCCAAUAUCUAA